AUGCCUUUUCCAAGGUGUAGUCACCCCACAGAGGGAAACCAGGGCAGCAACGGUGGUGGUGGUGGUGGCGGUGGUGGUAGUAGUGUUAGUGGUGCUGGUUGUAAUGAUGCUGUUAAUGGAGUUGCUUCUGCUGCUGCGAGCAUUAACAGCCACACAAAUAACAGUAACAACACCAACAACAACAACAAUAAUAAUAAUAAUAACAACAAUACGAAUACUACCACGACAACAACUACUACCACGACGACUACAACUGCUGCAGGCACUGGUGUUGGUGGUGCUGCUACUACUGCUGCUGCUGCUGCUGCUGCCAUCUCUUCCACUCCUGCCACGCCUUCAAGCACUCCUUCUCUCAACACGACUGCCGCUGCAACUGUGUCUGUUCCUCCCACCACUGGUAUUGGGAUAGCUGUUGGGCUUGGUAAUAAUCACCACAAUAAUAACAAUAACAAUAACAAUAAUAACAACAAUAAUAAUAAUAAUCAUCAUCAUCAUCAUCACAGCAGCAGCAACAACAGUCUACACAACACUCUCAUGGGAGGGCCGCUGCUUCACCAGGUGAGUCACGCCUCCACGCCGAAUACUCUGCGUGCCGCUUUGGCCGACGUUGGCGGUGACACCCUGCCCCUCGCCCAGAACGGCAUGAUGGGCAACGACGACUGGGCCCUCACCACACCAAAUCUCUCGCUGCAGUUUCAGGGAUACGCCCCGUCCCCCACCGUCGGCUUCGUGCGGCAGCCGUCCAUGGGCUCCACCUCCUCCCACCGCUACUGCCACGAUCCAUACUCCCUCAGCGGAUCCCAGCGCUUCAGUCCGCAGUCAAACCCGCUGAAUAACCCCAUCACACAAGACUACCCCAUGCCUCCACUUAAUAUUGGUUGCUUUGAUGAUAAGACCACCGGGCCACUUUCUAUUAUGCCAGUCGUUCCCGCAGUACCAAAGGAACGCACAGAAACACGUGGACGACGUAAAACACGUCCAAAUGAACAUGCACGUGUUAACAAACCAUUACCAGACAUUCCGGCACCAACCUCUAUGCGGUAUUUACCGCCUCCACCACCACCAUUGGACGCCAUUCGAGACGGUCGUGUUCAACCCGAUGCGCUUCAACGAAUUCUACAACGAUGGUACGAUCGCAUCAUUACCGCUGAACAGAGUUACUUAUCUCGCAUAGGUCCUCAUGUUUGGAUAUCUCUUACAACCAUGCCCAUGCAGCAACAUCAACAACAGGCACCUUUUAUUCAACAAGGUCGAGCCCCUGGUUGUCCUCGCAUGGAAUUCUUUGGACAUCUUGGCAUUUGGCAGUGGCUUGCAGAGGCGGAGCAGUGGUGGGAUGGAACCAUUCGACCUGCAACAGGGGCAGUUGUUCCCCCACCCCCACCCUACAACCUUUAA